AUGGAAGGAGGCAACAGUCCAAAUCUGCAACUUCAGCAGCUCCCGUUGGCCACAGCAGCAGUUUCUGUGCAGCCACACACUGACUCCUUUUCUUACAAGGAGAACUUGAUUGGCGCGUUACUAGCUAUUUUUGGGCAUCUUGUUAUCAGUAUCGCACUCAAUCUCCAGAAAUACAGCCACAUCCGGCUGGCAGGUUCCAAAGACCCCCGAGCCUACUUCAGAACCAAGACAUGGUGGUGUGGACUGUUUCUGCUGGUGCUGGGCGAACUGGGAGUGUUUUCCUCUUACGCCUUUGCUCCUCUUUCGCUGAUUGUGCCACUCAGCGCAGUGUCUGUUAUAGCUAGUGCAAUCAUAGGAAUUAUAUUUAUUAAAGAAAAAUGGAAGCCCAAGGAUUUUUUGAGGCGCUAUGUUUUGUCCUUUGUAGGCUGUGGUUUGGCAAUUGUUGGAACUUAUCUGCUGAUAACAUUUGGACCUAAUAGUCAUGAGAAGAUGACAGGAGAAAAUAUCACUAGGCAUUUAGUGAGCUGGCCAUUUCUGUUGUAUAUGCUUGUGGAGAUCAUCAUAUUCUGCCUGCUACUAUAUUUUUACAAGGAGAAAAAUGCAAACUACAUUGUAGUUAUUCUUCUGCUGGUAGCUUUGCUGGGUUCCAUGACUGUUGUGACUGUGAAGGCUGUGGCAGGCAUGAUUGUUGUCUCGAUACAAGGAAACUUACAACUCGACUACCCUAUAUUUUAUAUCAUGUUGGUGUGCAUGAUUGCUACAGCGACCUUUCAAGCAACAUUUUUAGCUCAAGCCUCACAGCUGUAUGACUCAUCUCAGAUUGCCAGCAUUGGCUAUAUCCUGUCCACAACAGUAGCAAUCACAGCAGGAGCAACUUUUUACUUGGACUUCACCGGUGAAGAUGUUCUCCAUAUAUGUAUGUUUGCGCUUGGGUGCCUCAUAGCAUUUCUAGGUGUCUUCCUGAUCACAAGAAAUAGGAAGAAGUCUGUACCAUUUGAACCUUACAUAUCAAUGGAUGCUAUGCCAGGCAUGCUGAACAUGCACGAUAAAGGGAUUGCAGUUCAGCCUGACCUCAAAGCUUCUUUUUCCUACGGUGCCCUAGAGAACAAUGACAGCAUGCCGGAAAUUUAUACACCAGCUACGUUGCCGAUUGUGCAGGAGCAACAUGGUUCCAAAGGAGUUUCUGCUCCACCCUACCGAGUGCUGGAGCACAGCAAAAAGGAGUGAGUGACCUUCAAGGAACUGAUUUGAAUUGUC